UGAAUAUGAGGAUCCGUUUCUCGAGGCGAUUUCUUACCGUUUUUAUGACGAUUAGUUACUCCAAGUAUAUAUAUUCUGUAUAUUACUCCGAGGGUUUUGGAGCUGCUGUUUAAAUUUUUGCAAAAACACCUUCCUACAUUAAGCCUACCAUGCAGCAGAACCAGGCUGUGCGUGAGAGACAACCAUUUUUUAAACCUCUUUCAAACAUGGAUAAAGCAGGAAGUUUGUUUAAUUUUGGUGGCUCAUCUGAUAGGAAUCCUAAGGCUGUUGAGUCAAGUCAGUUAACUCAAGCUCGUGAAAAAGUUGAACAUACCAGUAACCUAUUUAAAAAAACUGACCAAGAUCAAAAUGAAGGUGCAGGACGACUUUCUUCCCUCCAUGCUAAACUUCAUCAAGAGGCUGACAAAAUUAGACGAUGGAAAACACAGACAGAGAUGGAACUUAAGAAAAAGGAGUCGCAAGUAUCAGAAGCUGUCCAAACUAUUGAAUCUUUGAGGAAGUCAAUCUUGGAAUUACAGCUGCAGAAUGAAAACCUGAGCUUAAAGCUUCAGGAUGAGAAAACGAACCAAGAAGAAAUCGUUAGAAAGAUUGAUGCCACAAGAAAUAUGUGCAAUUUACUUAAGGACCAUACAGCUGAUGUGGAGGGAAGGCUGGUAAAGUGUGAAACAGAACGAACAGAGCUGAAGUAUUUGGAGAAGACUCACACAAGGCAAUUUGAGGAAUUAUCUUCAAGGUUCAAAGAUUUGAAUAUUUCCUUUGCUGAAGAGAAAGAAAAACUGGUGGAACAAGUGGCAGAAGGAAAAAAGGCCCAAGAAGAGCUGAAGUCUGAUUUGAACUCUAAACUCUGUGAAGGUGAAACACAGCUGCAACAACUGUUACAUGAAAACCACAUAAAGGGUGCAAGGAUUAAUGAACUACAAAUGGAUCUGGAGAAUAAUCAACAGGCCCUUGACAAAGCUAUCACGGAAAUGGAUACACUGAAGCAGAGAUAUGUUGAGGUAGAGGAGGAGUAUGAAAGGCAGUCAAAGCUCCUGCAGGAUACACUAGAUGAUUUUAGGUCUACAAAGGCUGAAAAGGUAACAUUAGAGAGCCACUGCCAUGAAGUGGGCCAGGCACUUAAUGAAGCUACCAAGGCUAAAGAUGAUCUUGUUACCGAAUUUGAUGCCCAAAAGCUGUCUCAUGAGAAUGCACUUUUAAGUUUAAGAGAGGAAAUCAAUGUGGCAAACCAGACUUUGGAAGAAGAAAAAAACAGGAUGAAAGACAUGUGUCUGCAGUAUGAAAAGUCACAGGCAACAGUUGAGGAACUCAAAAGCUCAAGGGACAUCCUCAUAAAGGAGAAAUCAGAAAUUCAGAUUCAGCUCUCUGAAAUGGAGAGGGAGAAGGUGCUCCUUGAAGCAUUGCAUUCAAGUGACGAGCUUACGAUGUCCGAUUUAAAAAUGGAGUUAGAAAGAGUUGUUACAGAACUGGCCGUAGCCAAGAAAGAAGUCUGUCAUCGUAAGGAGGAGGCAGAAGUAUUGAGGCAACAGCUGGGUGAUGUGCAGAUUGUUAAGGAAACAGCACUUGGUGAUCUGUCAAAUUUAAGGGAUGAAAUGGAUGAAAAAUUGAAAUUGAUUGAAAGACUUCAAUCUGAUAUUCACACUGCUCAAGAAAGUGAAGAACAACAAAAAGAAAAUUAUAAACGAAUUAGAAGAGACACUCCAAAAACAGAGACAACAAGUAGAAGAACAAGCAGAGCAAAUCCAGUCAUUGAAGGCAGAAACUCAAGGUAUCAGCAGGGACCUGUGUGGAAGAACAAGGGAAAUUGCAAAGUUAGAAAAGGUUGUCAAGAAACACCAAACUUCAGAAGAAGAAUGCAAGCUGAAAAUCACAGAACUCAUUCAGGAGAAUGAAGCAGUAAGGCAAGAACUUGAAAUGCGUCGAGAGGAAUUUGACAGAAAAUUGAAAGAUCUGAAUAAUUUACAAGAGAAAGGUGAAGAGAGCGUCAAAGACAUGGAACAAAGACUUGCUUUGAAAUCAAAGUCAGCCACAGAUUUUGAGACAAAAGUGAAAUCUUUGAAGACUGAUGCAACUGUCAAGAAUAAACAGAUAAAAGAGCUGGAAAAAGAA